CGUAUACCCAUAAUCCCAAAGUUCCUCUCUAACCAUAUCGACCCAAGCGCACCUCCGUUUGUUUUCGAGGAAAUAUUCGACGUCCCUCGACUCAGUCAAGCCAUAGGGAUUCACUUGCUUCAAUGGCACGAAGUCAAGGAUCCAGAAAGUCAGGUGUGCUCAAGCUCGGUGAGAUGACUUCGAACAUCCCUCUUCGGUGAUUAAACGCAUGACCAUCACAGAUAUUUCGUGGACGCGAACCCCAGCUUGGGUCGAGCUGACAUCUCC